AUGGCAGGUGGAGCAAUCCACCAGAAUGGUUCCGUUGGACAGAAUCAGUGGACUGGAGGAGCCCAGCACAACAUGGUUGCGGCUGGAAUGCUGAAUGACAAUCAGUGUGGUAUGAUGAACUGGAACCAGGGAAACUUUAGCUACAAUCAGGCGAAUCAAGGGAACAAUAUGCCAAGGUUUCCAAUGUCUCAGAAUUCUCUCAAGCCAAGAAUGUUGCAAAACCAUAGUCUAAAUCCACAGAUAAACCAGAACAGUGCACACAGAAUGAUGAUGAUCCAGCAACAGAACUUCAGUGGGAAUUGUAUGCAAAACAUAUCACAGAUGAGAAUGUGUCUGCAGCAGCAGCAGAUGUUCUACAGAGCCCAUGGUAUGUCCAUGGACAGCUGUGUGUCCACAGACAGUAAGCCAUUGCCAUUACACAACUCUAGGAUUGGUCGGUGGCAAACUGCUCAAGACAGUAGCAAUAUGAUGAACAGUAUGCAAUCAAAUACAAAUUAUCCCACCUUUCUCAAUCAGAACUUUAAUCCAGGAGACAAUUCAGGAUACCAGCAACAGCCUUGGGGUGACCAGUGUGCAACAGAGAAAGUACAUGUGGAGAAAGUUGUCACAUGUCGGACGGUUACUGGCACUCUACGAAGGUCUCACAUGCAGAAGGAUGACAAGACCUGUGGGAAAGAGACUGUCACAGUGCAGACCAGAGAGACUAUCUUCAGGCAGACCCCAGUACAGGAAGUAUUUGAGUACAACCACAACAGCUCACACCCAUCUGGUGGUGCCAAACCAGUGUCUCUCUGCAGAGAACUCAGUCAUCAUGGUCAUACAAACAGCUCACACCCAUCUGGUGGUGCCAAACCAGUCUCUCUCUGCAGAGAUCACAGUCAUACAAACAGUGGAGGAGAUGCAGACGCUAAGUCCCAAGUUGCUAAAAAAGCUGAUCAAACAGAGAGUGAUGACAUGAGCAGGAAUCGCAGUUGUGGUGCGGAUGUAAAGACACUUGUAAGAGAAUAUCAUCACAGAAAAUGUCAGAAUGAGAAUGAUUCUGCAGGAAAGGCCAGCUCAGAUAACCUGGAUGUGAAUGUAGAUAGUUCUCCAGAGACAGAGAAGGAGUUGAAAUCAAGAGGUAGUCUUAUAGUUUCAGUCGAUGAACUGGUACCAAGUGAUACAUCUACAGAGAAACGUAGAGACAAAUCAUUCGUUCGUGGAUUAGAAGAUCGUCAUCGCAGGUCUAGAUUAGAUAGAUGGACCGAUUACAAGCCAGGUGAAGAAGUUAAUCAAAGUAUUCAACCUCAUCCCACAAGCAUGGAAAAGAUCCCUCCACCUGUUGUAGACAAAAGUCUCUCCUUUGAUCAUGUUAACACAGCAAAAAGAAGUCAAACAGAAGACAAGAGUCGUGAAGAUAGCCUGCAGUCAGAUUCGAAGACAGUGAAAGGGAGGCAAGCACCAGAUGUAAUAAAAGAAAAUGAACAUAUUUUUUCGCCCCCUGACAAAUACUCACAAUUAAGAUCAAAGGGAAACAGUGCAGGUCUUUCAUGCCAUGUUCACUUGAGUGAAAUCAAAAAUCAUUUACGUCAAUCUGACAGACAAAUUGAAAGACGGUCCUCUCCAAUAGACGAACCAGAGAAUAGGUUAUAUCAGCACAGAACAGAAAGAGGACAUCACAGAUCCAGAAAAGAGAAGAGUCAUCCAUCAGUUGUCAAGAGCAAGACUGGUACACAAUUACAAUCUCUGGAUACAGUAAGAAGUGUUCCAUGUGGUGAGGUCAUCAGUGGAGUGAGACAAGCAGAUCCCAUCAAUACAUCAGCAACUCGGUCAUAUUCUCCAAGAGGUAAAGACAAAGGUCCGUCUUCACAUGAAGAAGGCAAAGCUGUGAGACACAGGGAUGAAAACAGAACAUCAGUGGAUCAGAUGUAUUCUGAGAAAAAGAGAUCACAUAGGGAUAAGACUGAAAAUUGUUCAAAGACUGUCAACAGGGAUGCAAGAAGACAUUCAGAUCCUAUCAUCACAUCAGCGAAACAGCCAUAUGAUCAGCAGAAAAAUGAACAUGUUGACUUUUCUCCUUCGUACAGUACAGAAAAUAGACAUGCCUCUCAUAGCAAAAGAACUGUUGUGAUUGUAAGAUCUCCACAAAAGUCUUCUAAAAUCAUAAAGCAUGAUGACACAAAAACAUGUGAAAGACAAAUUGAACUGUCAACCAUGAAAUCCCCAGACGUAUCAUUGGAGUUGAAAAAGAAUAAUCUGAAAAAUAUGGACUCUCAAGGGUUAGGAUUUUCAUUUUUGAAGCCCAAACAAGGUGAAAAACACAUAUCCUCUAAGGUUAAAAGUCCUCCAAGAUUCUGGUCUUCUGAAUAUUUGAACUAUGUGUCUUCUAGAAAGACUCACAAGAACUCCACUGAUGAUAGUGAUAGUGAAACCAGCUCAGCCAAGCUAAAAUCUUCAUAUUGUUUCCUUCCACGAUCUGUCAGUUUGGGUCGUGCUGCCCGACAAGGUGCAAAAAACAAAGUUACACAAGCAAUGAGCCGUAUGAAGAGCAGAGAACCAGUCAAGCAGGAUCAGUUGUUUACACCUGAUCCAGUCACUGUAGCCACUAAGAAUACAGUUUCCUUAAAUAAACAAAAACAUGAAUCAUUCAAAGAAACAUCAUCAGCUAUGCAUCUCCCUGAACUUUCCAGUUUGUCCAGAAAGUCAGAACACACUCGUGUUGAGAGUAACUCACUUCCUCCUACCCUUGCCAACAUGUCUCUGCAUUCUGGAGCACGGGCCCCCAAAACUCAAGAAAGUCAUAAAGUAAAAUUGUCAGGAAGUGGUCUGAAAAUAACUCUCAUUAGAUGUGUAAAACCAGGCUCACAAGGUCCAUCAGAAAGUAACAAAGGUAGUGAACCAAAGUCAAUUCCAGUAUCACGACGAACAAACCCUCGCACAUGUGUGUCUGCAAGAAAGAGUGUAGUUACAGGAGAGAACAAAUCAGUGAGGAAGUCAAGAUCAUUAGAAUGCAGUCCAAUGGAUGUCAAAAAGGAAGGGCAUUGCCAGCUACAGGGUCGGAAGCGGAUGACCAGGAGAUGCCUGGGAGAUAGAUUUAGUUUACAACUCAAGUCCCCUUUAAGUCAUACAAAGUCCUUUGUGAAGCAAACCAAAUCCCGGCAUCAAGCUGAGAGCAACACAAAAUCCCUUCAAAGUCACAUUAAAUCACUUCCAAGUGAAGCAGCAACUCCUCUGUGCCACACUAACGCUUCAAUGUGCCAAUUAAAGUCUCCUCUUCGUCACAUUAAUCCACCACCUAGUAAAGUAAGGACACCUCUGUGCCAUGCUAGAUCUCCACUGAGUCUAUUGAAAACUCCCCUUCAUCAUGUUAAAUCACUCCCUAGUAAAGCAAAGAUAAGCCGCACUCAAUCUCCAAUGAGUCAGUUAAAAUACAUUAAGUUAACCCCCAGUCAAGAUAAGCCUAAAUCAAGUCAUACUAAGUCACCUCCCAUUCAAGCAAGGUCACCUCUCAAUCUGAUCAAGUCUCCUGUAAGUAAAAGCAAGACAUUUGUAACUCCAUCAACACGUUCCCUUGAACGCAAGAUCUGUGAUCGAAAAAGAAACCUGAAGUCCCAAGUCAUUCCAUCUGGCAAGGUGAUACCAUUGAGUAUACCCAUGCGUAGACUAAGAGAUCUUCAACAGAAACCUAUCAAGACAGACUCGACACAAAGCUUGGGCUCGAGAUGUGUGACCCCGCUCAGGUUGUCUGUGACAAAGAAAGGGACUGCCAAUGUGAUGACGUCCAGAUGUGGAGACCAUCGAGCUGCACCAACAGCUUCUACUCAAAAGGUAGGGACUCCUGUGUCUUCAAAACAGUCACAAAUGUUUCACACACAUUCCCGCACUCAUAGUACCAAUGUGACUCCUCCCAUGAACCGGGGACAAAAAUGGAGUAAGAAGACACGAACACCCCUUAGGGCGGUGUCCACUCAUUCCCCUACAAAUCGUACCUGUGUGACUCGCACCCGGAACUCCAGGCAGAGAGGGAGUGAGAAUACUCAUUCCCGUUCCAGUGUGACUCCCACCAUGAACUUAAAGUCACUGACACCUUUGAAGAUGUCCAUGAAGUCAGUUACUGCUAAGACACAGAGAACCGCUGAGCCAGAGAAGGCAUCAUGGGGCCUAGGCACCAAAACAACAGCCUGGAGUGGUAAUGAGGAAGGAUCUCAUUGCAGAAAUGAUGAGGGCACAACAAGGAACUGUUCAGAUCAUACAGGAAGUAGCGAGGAUGAGAACAGAGACAACACUGAAAAUGUCACGGAACUUGCUUUGAGUGUGACAAGUAUCCAGUCAGAGACAGACACGAAUCCUGGUAUUAAGUUAAAGUUUACUAGCAUCAAGAAAGACAACUUUCGGAAGCCAUUUUGCUCUUCAUCAAGUAAUAUAGAAGAUGGUAUAGUACUCUCUUGUGUUCAGGAUACGAAGGGUACUGCUACUAGAAAGAGUUUUCCUCACAGUAGACUUGGUGCUUGUCAGAGGGGUCAACUAAAGUCUUCUGAGGAACAGCUCAGUGCUGAAUGUGUUGUCAAUGUUAGUUACACAGACGUUUGGAGGAAGCAAAGGUCAGUAGAUAAACCUUCAUCUGAUGUGAAUCCACACUGCUCCUCAAAGAAGGCAAGACUAUCAAAUAGUGAAGUCUCUGAUUCAGAGAUGGAAAACCGUCCAGCUGACAAUGAGGAUCCUGUAAGCCAUACCAAUGACCAGGAGAUCUGGAGUCAAGAUGUGAACCUUGAUGUUGAUGUACAUCCUCAGAUGAAAGGAGAUAUAGUGGACACUACUGAUCUCAGCUUUCCUGAAGUAUCAACUGUCUCAAGUGAUAUGCUGAUGAAUCAGGAAAUUCAGUCUCCUAGGAAAGAUUCUGAAGUCGUCGUACGAUCAUCAGAAAAACAAAAUAGAGGUGAUAAGAAGAAGCAUAUCAAUGGCAAUAAGGACUAUGAUUUGAGAAACAAAAGGAAGUCGAAUAGUCUUGAAAAGAACAGAAGCUCUGUCGGCAUGUGGGAUGCUCCAGUGAAUCACAAACAUUCAAGGAAGAAAGGGAGCAACUCUGAAGGCGAGAAUGUUAACUCAAAAUACAAAUGCAGCUGUAAGGUAGGUAGAAGAACUGAUCGUAGAGGCAGACAUUCAAAACAAUGUGAAGUCUCCAAGAGGAAAAGGCACUUAUCUGAGGUUUCUGACUGCAAGCAUAACAGGGCAUUGUCCAGUAGAGAGAGUGGGAGCCAUGUGGAUAGGCAUAGGAGGAAAUCCAAGGACGGGACAUCAAAUGUUUCCUCCAACAGCAGUGCCCUGAAGCCAAGGUCCCCGGCCAGCAAGUCACAUGGUAAGGCGAAAUGUCAAUUUGACAGCCGAGUGGCAGUAGAGAAGGAGAACACACAUCGCAUCACGUUCAACAUAAUCCAGGGAGAUCAGUUGACUCAGCCACGCCUCCGACUAAGAAAGUGUGUCUACUGCGGCUCCUUCUGUACCCGUCUCACACACAUCAUGAGGGAACAUGUCACAGUCGUUCAUCCACACAAGUGUCUCACCUGCCAUAUCGCCUUUAAAAAUAAGCUGGAGGCACGGGCACACAAGCUGUCCCGGCAUCUGAAGGAGGUCCACCAUUGCAUGCUGUGUCACAAAGUGUUGACGUCUAGACUCCGCUAUGAGAGACACAUCCAGUGCAAAUCUCACCUGCGUCUGAUGGAGGCUCAGCGAGAGGCUCUUGGGGCCAUCUGCAGGGCGUUCUUUCAGGGAGGUCAGGAGGAUUUUGCAGACACUCUCAGAAAGGUACAGAGCCAGGAAACAGGUUUGUGGAACCCAGGGAGGGAAUGUGGAAAAAAAGCUCUCGCAGCCCCAGAGGAUGAGCCUGUCCCUCCUCCCCAACCUGCUCCCAACCUCUCUCAUCUCCGCCAUUUCUACUACGACAAUCCAGAGCUAGGACAAAUGGUGAAGAAGUUUGAGGAAUGUAGUCCUGCCCAGACUCUAGCACUUGGCUCCGGGGAUUCUUCAGCAACAGUGUCCUACACGGACCCUCAGUCAGAUGUCUUCUUCUUCCCUCUGCCUCCUGUGCAGGACUCAGAGAGUUGGACUCUUACAACAGAGACAGAAUCUGAGACCGAGGUAUCCACACAGAUAACUUUACAGGACAGAGACCUUCUAGAUUUAAGUCUCAGUGAAGCUCUGGGAACUGCUAUUUCAGAGUGGAAGGAUCCAUUUCUAUCAGGACGGGUUUCCGAAAACCAGAACAUUUCAAAUGUGUAUGCCAGUAAAGAACAGUUAAUUUCAGACAACAACAUGACAAACAUAGAACUGCUAUCCAUAGACAGUAAUAAUCAGCCAUCCAGUGUGGUCAUCUGUAGCGAGGGUGAGCCACCACAUACAGAUAUGUAUGAGCAUCAGACAGACACAGAGCCAGUCACAGACUCGGCCACAGAAUCGUCUGUCUUCUCAGAUUGGGAUGACCCUCACAAGAUGUCUCGACAUCUGUUGUUCCCCAACAGGAGUCAGGAACAGGUGCCAUCAGUAUGGCCUGUGACAUUUACCAGCACACCUAUAAAGAUGUCAUCCAGCGUUAUAGACAUAAACACAAGACUUUCAACUUGUCAGGACAAUUGCUCUGUUCUUUCUUUUCCUCUGAAGGAGACUGAAGCAACUCUCACCACAGAUGUCAAGGUCAUCACUGAGUUUGGUGACAGUACAAUUUGUCCCAUAGACAAAAGUCUUUCUUCAGUAGCACUCCCUGCGGAGAUCAGUGGUGAUAAUGAGAGGUGCCUGAAGUAUGGUCAGAGUGUUGCUAUAGCAGACACACAUCUGGGCGACAGUGAUAUGAAUGUCUAUGUCAACACUGAUCACAAUGAAAAGGGAGUUGUCAGAACAGAAAAUAGUAAGGGUCCUCUGUGUUUAAACUUGACAAACAUGGUUGAUGUUGAUACUGGUCCACCUGCCCCACUGAUGUUGUCAACAGUUACUAGCACAUCAGACGCCACAAACACAUGUGUUGAUAAACGACCUCAUGACUCCUUGACAUGCAAUGACCCACAGCAAACCCAGACUGCCUCAGCAUCAGACACGGACCAUCCUUGUGCACCUAUCUUGCCACCAGCAGACUGUCCACUCAAGGAAGUAUCAACACCAUCCUGCACAUCGAACAGCAUUCAGCCAUUACCAUUGAAACUGCCUGCAAUUCCAUCAGACAUUCUUCCAUCUCACCAGUGCAAUAUCACACUGUUGUGUGACUACACAGACUCCAGCGAGGAUGAAAGCAGCGCAGGUGCUGACUGUUCUGAGACUGAGAGUUGGAUUCAGACUGGCAAGGAUAAGAAUUCAAAAAUUCCGGGCUAUACCAACAAAAGUCAGGAAAGUGUAGAUCCUGAGGUAACUAAGAGUCUGGUCCAGUCAGAACUGGAUGGGAAACACGCAUCUCCUGGUCAAGGCAGUGUAGGUGAUGAGGUGACUGAGAGCUUAGUAUGGUCGAAGCAGAGAAGGAAACUUACAUCUCCUGGUCAAAACAGUGUAGAUGCAGAGGUAACCGAGGACUUUGUGUGGUCAAGUCGGAAUAACAAGACCAACUGUUCAGAAGAAUCCAGUGAUGCUAUAAAGGAAGUUGAUGAUUCUGAAGAAUGUCGUUUGAAGGCUGAAUUCAGUUUACUUCUGAAGGAGAUCGCCGAAGAUGAGAAGUUCCUGGGUACUGCCUGAGCUGAAAGUUGACCCCAGGGCAGUAGAAGGAUAGAUACCCCAUUAUGAAGUGUCUGGAUAAACCUAUGACUAAACAUAAUAAGCAACAUUGUUUUCCCUCUGAUUCACAUGAUGUUUUCGUUCAUGUAAACAGAGACCAUAUAUUUGGUCUCUGAUGUAAACCUGUAAUGAAGUUAGCUGGAAGCUAUCAUUCCAGUUUAGGAUUUUGUUUUAUUAUUGAAUGCAAGAUAUGUUAGUGUAUGUGAGAUAUGUGUGUUAAAUCUAUGUUAUAUCUGUUUUAAGUUGUUAUUGUUUUAGGUUUAUUGUUUCAAGUGAUAAGGUAAACACUGUAGUUUAUCACGUUUGUAACUUUACAGGCCAAGGUCACUAGCAAAAAAAAUCACUUAUGGCUUUCCUCCCACACAUAGCUGACAUGCAGUGAUAUACUGUAAAUUUCGAAAUUAAGUGUGAAUAAAAUGCAAAAAAUGUGAGUGGUCUAUGCUCGCUUUAAUUAACUUCGCAUUUAUGUCUCCAAAAUGACUGUCAACAAAAAGAUGGCCUCACUGCACAAUUUGGAUAGAGGAAAUGCCAACUUGAAUAUAAACACAAACACAGUUUAUUAAGCAGCUGUUGUAACAAGUAUAUAACAUUGCCAUUUAAAGAAUCGGAAUUACCCAAUGGGCAUUCGGUAAGUUAUCACUGCUGGGGUCAAGAGCUGUACACACUCGUGUCAAGGUUGUUGACACCUUCUCCGCAUACCAAUCAGUGAACUGUUGUUGGUGAAUACAUUUUAUUGCCAUUGAACUUCUUUAAUGCAAGUUAACAAAUUUACCAUAUAAUCUGUGUGUUGUUUUUAAGAAAACUCUGUUUAUUGUUUUUGAGGAAGUUCUCUACUCAGUGCUAAAAAGCGAUGCUAUUUGCUGUUUGCUUGGAUUAAGGUAAGGUUGGAUUAAGGUUAGGAUAUGCAUCAUUCCGCUGGGGAUUGGAUGGGGCAGUCGCAUUGAUAUCAAGACGCAUUUUUGGCUAGGGGUCAGCAGUCGUAUUAAUUUGGAAACGCAUUUGUUUCCAGGUUUACAGUUACUAGAGUACUGUUCAAAGCAGUGUUAAAGCCCACUCACUCACGUUGCGCUAUGACUAUCGUAAACAGUGUUCCAAAUAACCAUGAAAGUCAAGGGGUACACGUCAUAGCCCUAAUGUUUACAACUGCAGAUUUUGCGGGUGCCCAAGAUGCAAAUAAACUCACCACCAAAAGAAACGCGAACCAUAGAAACAUAUAGAGAAGUAUGUAUGUUAAGAAGAGAUGUUUCCAAUGUGUACCACUUAAUGACAAAACUAACAAUCAGUCAAGUGUUACCACAGAGUGACUUUAUUGUUAUCACGAUAUGCUGCACUUGAUUUCCAAAAUGUACACGCUAAUCCUGCACGAGACAAAUGGUGCAUCUCAAGUCAUGGGUCUAUGACGUCACAUGUGAUACAUUCUUGAGACUCAAUUCACACAACAUGCCAGUAUGUUCGUUUGUGCGUAGAACCAAUCUUAUAUCUCUUGAAUUUGAGUAAUUCUUCAUAUAUUAACCAACAUGUACAGGCUUAGAACUAAACUAAAAGACUUUACUAGCCCACGUAAAGAUAAAAUAAUUUGGAAAUUUGUUCUAGCCCGCAGGAUUUGUACUAGCCCAGGGCUGGUGGGCUAGUGUUAAUUUCUAACCCUGAUGUAUGGUAUUCACGUUUCAUUUGUCAGUGAGUAUACUAUGGCAGCCUUCAUGUAUUCUUGGACUCACUUUAUUUGAAACACUGAUCAGUCCAUGUGGAAGUGUCGUUGUUGCACUGAGAUUAUCACUCUGUGGAGUGGGGCCAAGACUGAUACUGGUCAUCACAUAGAAAGAAGUGAAAUUUGAUUUCGAGAGUUCACAAAUGUUUUCAGUAUGACAGAUGACAAUAUUUUAUUAGAGAAUACAUUAGAUGGAUAUAUUACUAGCCAUAGCUAACAGGCAGGCAACAGUGUCAGACUCUGUUCUUUGUGUUGUAGGGGCACAGGUGGCCCAGUCGUCUAAGGCAGGUUUCGCUGUGCAUGGUUGCGUCCCUAUGAUUGUGAGUUCAAAUCCUGGUUCACCCCGAUUAUGUUUCUAGGUUUGUCAGCACCAUACCUGUGCUCCUGGGUUUCACCGGAGUGGUAAACGUCUGAGAUCUGCAUCACUUCGGGCUUUCCUCCCACAUUAAGCUGACACGCCGUGAUAUAACUUAAAUAAUGUUAAAAGCGGCCUUAAACCCAACUCACUCACUUUGUGUUGUAUAACAUUGAUUCAUUAAAGUUGUAAUGCUAAGACUACCUUUGGAGUAGAAUUAGAGGAACUAUGCUCAAUAAGUUGUUAAGAAACCCGAUGGUUAAAGAUGGUUAAUUUGGUGAUAAAAAUUCUCUGGCAUUUGCCAACAGAAUGUUUUCUUCAAGGUUUUAUGACUAGAUAUUUAUAACCUAUUUAAUUUGAUACUUGUUCAUGUGUUUGGACAUAGCUGUAUCCUGUUCAUUCUCUAGUGCUAAUACAGUAAUAUCUGGAUGGAUGUUUGAUGUACUGAUUCACAUAGGCUGAUUUUAAGCUGUAUUGUGUAGAAUUCUGCAAAUAUGAAUAUUCUAAAUAUACGAGAAUGAAGGGUUAUUUUAUUAUUUAGGAUAUUUUGCUUGCUGUAAAACUGAUUUGAUAUUAUGUGUUUUAGAUAGACAUUGUUGUUAAUGAUAGGCAAAUAGAGAAUUCUGUUUAAAGUGAAAUGUUUGAUUUGGCAAUUCAGUUAGCCAUGGAACCAGCACUGAACAUAAUAUCAGACUCCAUGCUUGUCUGGUAUGUCUUUGAAACAUCGUCUUUUCUUGAAUCUAGAAAUCAACAUUAUUUUUAGUCAGAUCUGAAGUAUUAACAUUGCUGAUUUUCAGGAAGUCAUUUGUGUGGCAUCGAUCACAUUUAAGAUAAAUGUUUUAAUGCAGAGGCAUUCAAUUAUGUUUUGUGAAUGCAUUUUUAAUUACCAAUGUCCUUGCUUGUGUCAAUCUCAUUCAAAUCAAAUCUUAAAUCACGCUGCAACUUCGCGAAAUUCUAAGGACAUCCCAUUACAAGCCACAUCAGAAUGACCUUUCAUGAACUUUGAAUGAUUAACAGGAGGUUGACAUUAGCCUAUCAGAAGGCAGCUUUGCCGAAAUUUAUGGCACUAGUUUCAAACUGAAAACUUCUAAUUCAAAUUACCUUUUAAAAAAUUAUUUGGCUGAGAUUGUAUGGCAGUAGUUUCCACAUGCCCUGGGAAGUCUCCUCCGUUUCAAAUGUUUAUCGUAUUGAAGCGACAGAUAGAUGAUGAUUUUGACCAAAUCUUGUCAUAGAACCCAUCUUAUUUAGAAAGCCUCUUGUUAACCUUUUCCAGGUUGCAUGCUUAGAAAAGACAUUUGGACUUACACUUCUCGAUCUCGUGAUGCUCUGAUCGGCCGGAUGGAAGGUUGUUCUGACAUAAUGGGAUUUUCUCAAAUCUUUGUGUAGCAGUCGCGAGCACUAAGAUCUGAUUUUAAUGGGAGAUUGCGCGUGUGUUAUGAUAUUCGGACUUGUGUUCUGAUAUUCAGACUUGUGUUCUGAUAUUCGGACUUGUGUUCUGAUAUUCGGACGUGUGUUCGGAUAUUCGGACGUGUGUUCGGAUAUUCGGACUUGUGUUCGGAUAUUCGGACUUGUGUUAUGAUAUUCGGACUUGUGUUCGGAUAUUCGGACGUGUGUUCGGAUAUUCGGACUUGUGUUAUGAUAUUCGGACUUGUGUUCUUGUGUCGGAUUACGGUGUAUUUUGUGGAGGUAUUAUGUCUCAUGGCUGUUGGGCAGUCAUGCUCCACCAGUGUUUUAUAGUAGGAAGUACAUGCUGCUAUGCCACUGUUGUUUUCUUGCCAGUUUACACUACAAUUUUAUACUUGUUCUUUUACCAGCAUUGAAGUGCUGCACUGUGUUUUACUUGUCAGUGUCUUGAUCAUGAUUAAUCACAUGACCUGUCACCACUGGUUGCUAGGAAACCAGAUGUUACUGGUUGCUUAGGAGCCGUUGUUCCAUAAUGUUUGCUGUUUGGGUCAUUGGAAUGAAAGUCAAAUGAGCUAAUGUAUAUCUGCAGUGUGUGUAAACAUCUUCUUAUGAGAACUACUAGAGCAAUGAAGCUUAAAUUUGGCUCACUUGUAACCACCAACCAUGUUCUGAUUAGAUUCUCAUGAAAAUUGACUUUUUGUGAAGCAAUUGAAUUUAACUUUAGAAGAGUGUUGCAUAAUAUACCUUGCAUCCAUCCUUAAAAUUUAGUAACUUGUUUCAUAUUUUCCCCUAUUGUCCUGAAACCAUUCUGAAAAUUGUUUAAUAGGAAUUCUGAGAACGUGUCCGUAAUUGAUUGUUCAUGUAAUCACAUAUAGGUCUGAUAAGUCAAGACUGUUAUUUCACAAAAAUAUAAUUAAGCUCAAAUUUUACUUGGUUUCUUUUCCUUGUUGUUUGACGCCACUCUCAGCAAUAUUUCAGUUAUUCAUAUGUUGUAGCACUUACAUUCCUUUUUUUUUUGAAGUAGUCCAUAAGUUAGGUGAACAUGGCCAAGUUCUUGAUCUUGAUGGUGGUGUAGCCAAGUGGUUAAAGAGUUUAGUCGUCACACUGAAGACCUGAGUUCGAUUCCCCGAAUGGGUACAAUAUGUGAAGCCCCUUUCUGGUGUCCCUUAUCCCCCCAACCCCAACCCCCA